AUGUAAAAAUCAACUAUGUCAAGUCAUUUCUAAUCAAUCUCUCCUCCUUUUCUUUUGUCGAAACGCUUGAAAACAGAUGGACCUGACUUUUUAACUCAGCUAGAUCUGAAUGCCCAGCGAUCCAUCCAAAGAAGAAUGCAAAGGAGCGAAUUACAAUUGACAGAACAGGAUUUAAAACCUACUUUAAGUAAUUUUAGAAUUGAUUGGAUUAAGAAUUGAAACAGAACAUUAAAGUACAGCCCAGAAUUAUUCGAACCAAGUAGCCAUCUCUGCCUUAUCUUAAAUUAGAUGAUAAACAGUAUUAUGAUAAAUGGUACAUCCCUUAUGAUUAGAGAUACAUUCAAAAAGUUACUAUGACUUAAGAAUCUUAUACAGGUAAUCUGAGUCUUUGAAAUUAGAUCAAUUGCACUUCUACAAAAAUAUGCACAAAGGGACUGUUUAAUAUGAUAUAUUUGAAAGUAAAUUACCAUAAGAUGCUUAAAGAAGUAUUGAAUAUAAGCAGAGAUCAGAAGUGCUAAGAGAUUUAUUGCGAGGAUAGAAAAUGAUUAUUGAAUUCAAAAAGUAUUUAGUACAUAAUGUUAAGAACUUUGGAGCAAAAUUAAUAACGCAUUCCAUAAUUCUUAAAGAAGAUAUUAGAAGAUAAAAAAUUACAAUAGUCUAAAAAGUGA